CAACCAACAUGUCCUUCCAGUUCUCGCCCAGGGCCAGCAGCCUUACUCCUACAACGAACCGCCAUUCUCGUCCUCAUUUCCAUCCAAGUCAGCGUCACCGUGCCAGGCGUCUGUUAUGAGAGAGGCCUCCGACUGAGUUGCACACGUUAGGCGCUACAGCAGCCUGAUCUGCCCACCCUCCCACACCAGCCGCGUCUCUCGGUUCAAAACAUCCCACAGCCGCCACAAGCGGGGCGGUAUCAUUUCCGCCAUGACAACCCGGGAGUCUGUACGCAGGUUUGAUGGCGUAAAGGAUGUUGUCACCCGGUACAGUCUGAAAUUUGAUGCGAUCAAGCCCCCGCGCGAUGUGUACAACGAGAAAAGGGAGGCUGUGAAAGCCGGCAUUGCUCAGACAUGGGCACACAUGGCAGCCCACCCUGACCCAUCGGACAUGUCCAGAGUCCAAAGAAUCGUCGAGUUGGGUGGUAAUUUGAAGGAACUGGAAAUUCGGCACAAAGCGACCAUCGAUGGUGAAGAAGAAGCCCACGACAAAGUGCUAGACGCGCUUGUGGAGAGCUUCUGUGAUGAUCUUGUCAUCGCAAUGGGGUCGGAUACGGUGACGAGGUCGUUGCAGAAGCUUUCCAAACGGCAGCCAAAACAAAGCAGCCCCGAACUUCCACUGGGGGACACUAAUAAGACAUCUUCAUUGGUGUCCAAGGAAAAUACACGGCCUGCACGUUCAUCUACACCAGACAUGGAUGGACCAGUUCCGACACCCAACGGGACACAACAAGACCUAGAAGAGUCUCCCAAGUCAAGGAAACGCCGGCGGAUUGAUGGAGACCAAGCUACCGAGGUUGAGCGACGUAGCUCACAUCCGCGUGCUGCUGCAGUUCGAACCAUCCAUGCGACCAGAGCCACCAAACGGACAGGGCAGCCAAACGCCCUGAACAAGUUCACCAAAGACCAAGUUCCAUCUCCUGCCACCGAAACCAUUGGGGUUCAGACACGUCAAAGUCGAGCGCGAACUAAUCAGGAAGAUUCCGAAGCCGUUGUGAAACCAACCCCGGGCAACAUAUAUUUCGCCUUCCGGAAGAAGUCGAAGGAGUGGUCAGCGGCCCUCCUCCUUCCAAAGAAAGAUCUCGAUGAUGUCGGAGUCCCUGCCACUCUUGAUAGUCUGGGCCUGAUGGAUGACAUGCCGGAAUGCUACAGUUACGUCAAGGAUACCAAUACCUUCAGAUGGCGGAAAGGAUACAGAGACGGGCAGUCUCUCGUCAAUCAGCGCCAGUUUCCCGUCAUGUUCUUUGACGGGCGACCCUUCCCAGACAAGAGCGAAGUCGGUUGGGUAACUGCCAAAGACAUGCGAAUCUUGAACGUGAGAGUCACCCACUCCUCCCUUAUUCCGCAUCACCAGUCUGUGUUCAAAUACGUGAGAGAACGCGCAGCCUUAGCCGCAGCGGAAGCGGAAGCGGAAGCGGAAAUUGAAUCGAUGGAGAUCGACGACACUGAUUCUGAAUUAUCGGAUGUACCUCAACAACAGCGAACACCUUCAGUAGCCCCAAGCAUGGGCAGUGGCAGUCCGGGCCACUCUCCAACAGAUGAACCAGAUGCUCCAACAGAUGAACCAGAUGCUCCAACAGACGAAUCAGAUGUUCCAACAGAUGACCCAGAUGUUCCAACAGAUGACCCAGAUGCUCCAACAGCUGAACCAGGUGAAUCAGCAACACAUGUGCCUGAAAGCACACUCGUCCCCGAUAUCCCAGAUCACUAUCAACCACUGCAGCCCAUGGAAUCAGCAUCGCCGUUAAUUGCAAGCACAUCUGUCUCAGAUAUCCCAGAUCACUAUGCGCCAUUCGAUCCCAUGAAAUCAACAUCAGAGUUGACUCCAAGUACGCCCGUCCCUGGUACCCUAACUCAAUCGUCGGGGACCAUUCAAGAAGCACAUCACAGCCCUACACCAAAUCCAGCACCGUCAAUGAAAGAGAAAAUUGAUACAGGUCCGGAAAUUAUAUCAAUUCCGAGUACUCCUACCGAAGGACCUUCUCCUAUCAAUGACCGCUUUCAUGUAGUUGAGCGCAUGGAGCAACCCAGGGGUGGAAGUCAACGCCAGGCAUCGCCAAUCGCGGCCGACUCUGCAGAUCGAACACAUGGCGAGACAAACUCGCUCGGAAAUCAAGGGACAUCAAGCGACGCAACUUCCCCGCGAACUGUUCCGUCUGAAAUCGGACAUGCAGACGUCCUUGGAAUCGCACAUGACGCCUUACAAGUCAUGAACGCCCUUCCGGAGAGACCAGAAGCGGGAGACGCGCAGCAAGUUGGUAACACUUUUCGAGUUCAUCCACCGGCGUUCUUUCGUCGUCCUGAGGUGCCAGAUCAGUCUCAGGCUACCCCCGAGACAAUCUACCAAUCUGAAGCAAGACCAAACAAGGACUUGCCUACGGUGGACCAGCAACCAACGGCGCCAGUUCCUGGUGCACUUCUAGCGACCAUGUCGGCUUGGUCCAAGCUAGCCGGAUCUACACCAUGUUCUCACCCUUCGUCGGAAUUCUCCCGACCUCAGGACGGACCUUCCAGAAUACACAGUACGACGAAUGACCAGAUAUAUGGAACUCAAUAUCCUCCAUUCCAAGGACCCCAACGCCCCCUGGAAAUCAGCGCAUCCUCCAGUUUUAGCUACGGUCUGCCGCCUCCAGUCCCGAGUGCUGGAGCACCUGUUUCAUAUUCUCCAACGACACCAGGCCCUACACCCCCAAAUGCGACCUCGCUCAAGCCCGCCUCGACAAGCAUACCCUUCUCCUCGGAGACGCCGGCGGAGAUGAUUCGUUUACCGCCGAUAACUUCCUCUCGAAGAGAUGAAAACCCACCACUGUCCAUUCCUUCAUUUGGGUGGCAGAACUCGGCCACGGGAUCUCAGGUGGAGAACCGAGGUGUGGAAAGUAAUCCGGCUCGUGAUUCCUCGUUUAGCGCAGGGCUCUACACGUACUUGGGCAGCCCUGAUCAAAAUUCUCAUCAAUCCGGGGCUCCGGGGUUCUCGAAUUCUCUCCAAGAAGGUCAACGGCCCAGCUUAGUUCUUGAGCUUUUAAACUCAACACCCAACCCGGCCCAGUCAACCUCGCAGGAGUCCAUGCAGGAAUCCGCCGGUGACUACACCCUUUGGCCUUAUCGACUCGAUAAUUCGAUUGUUCAGCAGCUGGAGGCCUACCUAACAUACAACAACCUUCCUCAAGGGAUUAGAGGGCUGCUGAAUCCUGAAGGAUUUUACCUAUGUCCCCUUUGCCACACGGGUAAGAGCAAGCGUUAUGUUCGCCUUGGUGCCUUCAUGACCCAUUUGAUAAAAAAGCAUUAGGCAUAUUCUUACGCAGAUGUUAAGAGUUUUUAUAUAGAUUAUUAAUCUCAGUGUUUUACAAAGCGCC